UCCGGGACUAGAGCUUUUGAAGAUUUUUUAAAAUGAUUCUGUAAAAUUUCUUCUACCAUUACUAAAAUACUAUUUUGAUUGUUUUAGUAAUAUUUUCUAAAUUAAGCAAAAUUAGUUUCUCCGUCGACAUUGUACAUUGUUAUCAAAUCGCUGAUUGGUCAAUUGUCUGUGAUUGUUAUGAUGAAUGAAGAAUGGCGGACGUUGUCAUAUUGCGAUAUUUGUUCACAUUUUUACUUUUAAACGCUUGCCAUGCUGGACUCCCAGGCUUUGAUAACCUGGAGCAAGAUGGGGCUCCCAGCACCAAACCAGCCAAUCACAUCAGAGAUGACAUGCUUGCAAUUGAUAAAAAGAUGAUGGUACAACAACCCAGAAGAAGGAAGUUUCAGAAAAGGUAUAAAUGCCAUCUGUGCGAGUCGCCGGAGUGCGGCGACAGCGACGCGACAGUGGCGCAGCAAGUGUGCGGGUCUGCGUUGUACUGUUUCAAGUCCACAGUGCGCGCGUCGGACGGCGCCUUGCGCCAUUCCCGCGGCUGCUCCACGCACCGCGACCAUUACCAGUUCACCUGUCGCACCAACCAGGCUUCACAAAGGCCACGCAAACGUCACGCAGGGCAGCUAAACAUAACCUGCUGUCAGGGGGACAUGUGCAAUGAUGGAAGCUUCCCGUCCUUGCUACCGUCAGAUAUGGCCAUAGAGCCCCUAACCGCUGGAGCCUGGAAGCUGUGGCUCAGCGUGACGCUGUCUGUGUUGGCCGUCAGCGUCAUAGGAGCCAUGGCUAUACUGGUGCUGCGCAGGAGUCACCGAUUGCGGGUUUCACGUGCAGCACAAAAGUUGGGAGCAGAUUCUAACUAUUUUCCUUCAAUGUACAGUCCUCAUGUCACCAGUGCCUAUUAUGAAGGUCUGGAAGGGUCACAAAACGGUGGAGGCCUCCACGCGGUGGCGGCCGGGGACUCCACACUGAGGGAAUACUUGGAGUGCUCGGUGACCAGCGGCUCAGGGUCUGGUCUCCCGGUGAUGGUGCAGAGGACCUUGGCGAAGCAGGUCACCCUGAUCGAAAGGAUCGGCAAGGGUCGCUAUGGCGAAGUAUGGCGUGGGUCCUGGUACGCGGACAGCGUGGCGGUUAAGAUCUUCUUCUCGCGAGAUGAGGCCAGCUGGCGGAGGGAGACGGAGAUAUAUAGCACCGUCCUGCUCCGGCACGACAACAUCCUCGCGUACAUAGGCAGCGAUACGACCAACAGGAACAGUUGUACACAGCUCUGGUUAAUCACACACUUCCACCCGCUGGGCUCGUUGUAUGAACACCUGAGUAGGACCACUCUGACGAGGCACCAGAUGAUGCUCAUUUGCCUGUCCAUCGUCAACGGCCUGCUACAUCUACACACAGACAUACACGGCACACAGGGCAAACCAGCGAUAGCACACAGGGAUAUAAAGUCCAAGAACAUUCUGGUGAAAGUGAACGGCGAAUGCUGUAUAGCGGACCUGGGGCUGGCGGUGACGCGUCAGCACGUGGCCAGCGACCUGACGCACAACCCACGCCAGGGCACCAAGCGGUACAUGAGCCCGGAAGUAUUGGAUCAAAGUAUGAACAUGCGUUGCUUCGAAGCGUACCGCAAGUGUGACGUGUACGCGCUAGCGCUGGUGCUGUGGGAGGUGACUCGGCGCGUGUCGCCCGCGAGAGAGCAUCGCGCGCCCUUCAGCGAACUGGCGCCCGCGGACCCGAGCUUCGACGACAUGCGCAAGAUUGUGUGCACGGACAACGCCAGGCCCGCGCCGCCUGACGACCCGCAUCCGACAAUGGUGGGCAUGGCGAACCUGAUGCGCGAGUGCUGGCACCAGAACGCGUCGGUGCGGUUACCGGCACUACGCAUCAAGAAGACGCUCCUGAAGUUAGCUGCAAACGACAAUGCGAUCAGACUGAACGAAGACAAUGAGGUCUAUGUGUGAAAGUGUGUUAACAAGUGUUUAAAGGUGAAAAAAAAUUGUUAGGAAGUGUGAACUAAGUGAAUAUACGGUCGUGGAGUUAUGCAGAAAGUAGGUACUAACCCAAAAACAGAUCCUUUAUAUUGUACUCAUCGUAAUAUACGACUUUUGCUAUGGGACUAGCCCUAGGCUUAAAUCAUGUAAAAAUCUCACCUUAAUUUUUCUCAUGAGAAGGGUUGGUCCCAGAGUAAAAGUCGCUUAUUGUUACAACCAGUGGCCUCAUUUUGGAUAAGGAUCUCUGUAAUAUUGUUGGUUUUCGGGACUCUCAAUAUACAUACACAACUUUGUAACAUACCACUUGAGGAAGAAAAAUUUCGAUUGCUUGAUUGAAACAAUUUUCUAUAAAAACUAAGAAUACCAUAAAUAUUUGAGGUGUAGUGAUACGAAUUUGGUUGUAUACAAUUCUCUAAACUAAUUUCUGGUCUGCAGUUUUUUCAUCUGCCUAAAAAAGAUAGCUUGAUAGCUUCAGGCAUUACAAAGAAAGUUUUGUUACUCCUUUCAUAAUGUUCCUGUAAUAAAAAAUAUGAUUUUUAGUCCCAUUGGUCUACUUUUUAUUUUAUGUACAUGAACUGAGUACCUAAGUCUGUUAUAACACUGUAUGGUAUCCCAUAAUUUUUAUAAAAAUUUGUUUUCAUAUAAAAAUCG